AUGGAGGAGCCGGAUGAGCUGGUGCCCGAUACGGGUGCUGUUUUUACAUUUGGAAAAACCAAGUUUGCUGACAAUAUUCCCAGCAAAUUCUGGUUUAAAAAUAAUGUACCUAUACAUCUUUCGUGUGGAGAUGAACACACUGCUAUUGUUACAGGAAAUAAUAAACUUUACAUGUUUGGCAGUAACAACUGGGGUCAGUUAGGAUUAGGAUCAAAGUCAACUGUCAGCAAGCCAACGUGUGUCAAAGCUCUAAAACCUGAAAAAGUGAAAUUUGCUGCCUGUGGAAGGAACCACACCCUAGUUUCAACAGAAGAAGGCAAAGUAUAUGCAUCUGGAGGAAAUAAUGAAGGGCAGUUGGGACUUGGUGACACUGAAGAGAGAAACACUUUUCAUCUAAUUCAAUUUUUUACAUCCCAGCAUAAGAUUAAACAGCUUUCUGCUGGAUCUAAUACUUCAGCUGCACUAACUGAGGAUGGAGAUCUUUUUAUGUGGGGAGACAAUUCUGAAGGUCAAAUUGGUUUAAGAAAUAUAACUAAUGUGUGUGUUCCUCAUCAAGUGACCAUUGGGAAACCUAUCUCCUGGAUCUCUUGUGGAUAUUACCAUUCAGCUUUUGUAACAAUGGAUGGUGAACUGUAUACGUUUGGAGAACAUGAGUGUGGGAAGUUAGGUCUUCCCGAUCAGCUGCUUUUUAAUCACAGAACACCUCAGCCAGUGCCUGGAAUUCCCGAGAAGGUGAUCCAAGUUGCUUGUGGUGGAGGGCACACUGUGGCUCUCACAGAGAAAGCUGUUUAUGCCUUUGGGCUGGGACAGUUUGGUCAACUGGGUCUUGGUACUUUUCUUUUUGAAAGUUCCGAACCCAGAGUCAUUGAGCAUAUUAAGAAUCACAAAAUAAGUUAUAUUUCCUGUGGAGAAAAUCACACAUCUUUGAUAACAGAUCUAGGACUUUUGUAUACUUUUGGAGAUGGUCGACAUGGAAAAUUAGGACUUGGACUGGAAAAUUUUACAAAUCAGUUCAUUCCCACUUUAUGCUCUAAGUUUUUGAGAUUUGUAGUUCAAUUGGUUGCUUGUGGUGGUUGUCACAUGCUAGUUUUUGCCACUCCACGACUUUGUGUGGUAGAAGAAUUCAGAUUAGAUGAAAUGAAUGAUUCUUACUUGUCUACAGAGACUUCUCUGCCCAUCGACAAUCUGACCUCAGGAAACAUACUGCACAGAACUCUAUCAGCACGUGCACGGCGAAGAGAGAGGGAGAAAUCCCCAGAUUCUAUUCGAAUGACACAAACACUACCUCCAGUAGAAGGGACUGGUUUUCCCCCCAGUUCAGUCCCUUUCUGUUUGUCUACAAGUAAGCUGCCGGAGAAAACCAUAUGUGAAAAGGAGGACCCCGUGCAGUCAAUGGAACCAGAUUAUUUUCAAUAUGAAAUGACCGAAGGGAGAGAGACAGAAAAUUCUUCAGCAGCAGAUUCAGAAAGCCUUGGAGAAACUACUGAUAUCUUAAAUAUGACACAUAUGAUGACCCUGAAUUCCAAUGAUAAGUCACUAGAAUUGUCGCCAAUUCAAAAACAAAAGAAACAAGAAAUUGAGAAACUGAUGCAACAUACAGCUCAUACUGAAUAUGAUGAUAGUAAUGAAUAUGAAUAUGAAGAGAUGUCAAAAAUGAACGAAGGGAAAGCAUGUAAACAACAUGUGGCAAAAGGGAUUUUCGUGAUGCCAGCAGCUGCGACCAUGGAAGCAUUUUCAGAUGAGGAAUUUGACCACUUGUCAGAGAUACCAGAGGAGCAGGAAGGAACAGUGAAUUCAGAAAGAAGUGGCGUAGAGGAACAAGAGGUAGAGACAAAUGAGGAAAAUAUGGAGAUGCAUGGAGGAAGAAAGGAGGAGGAAACAGAGUUCGUGUCAGAUGACCUCACAGACAAUGCAGAGAAUGAUGAAUUUUCAGAAAAUGAAGAACUAGAAACAGAAAGUGUGGAUAAGGAAUUUAAUUCUGAAAAUCUGGAAGACGAGGAGAAAGCUGUGGAUGAUAAUGAAAAUGUCCUUUCAGAUGACCACAGUGAAACAGAAGAGGCAGAAAGAAACAAGGACAACUCAGCUACAACCAUUCAAAAGGGAGGAAAAGCCAACCUAGAAGAAUGGGCCAUUUGUGAAUACAAUGAAAAUCCAAAAGGAAACGUGCAUGCUCAUGCAAGGAGCAGUUUUUCAGAAGUCCUGGAAGAUAAUGAAUUGACACGAAAUAAAGACAUAAAAAAACCAAAGAAGAUUUUUCUCUUUAAAAGGAUAUUAUUGACAAGUCAGAAAAGUAAACCUCUCCCAGGAAUAAAACCAAUAGGAGAUCAAAUGCCCUUUAAAAGCAAAAAGGAAGGUGCCAGCAAGAACCAUAUGGGGCAAACUCAUCAGGAUGCUUCACCACCAAAUAGACAGAGAAGGUCAAAAUCUUGUAUGAUACUAUAAAUAUAUAUUUAUGUUUUCAUGGUCACCAAGCAAUUGUUCUUAAGUAAUUUAUGCUUGAAAAACUUUAUGACUUCUGAAGGAAAGUUUCUGAUAACAGACUUUUAAAGAUGUAAGUUAAUAUGUCUUAUUUGGUUUGAGCAUUAUGACCAGUUUUGAUAUUUAUUUAUGCUAAUAUUUUUAACAAGCAGUUUGACAAUAUGUGUAUCUCAAACUCUCCUCCAAGUGUUGUGGCCUUAACUGUUCAGUGUUGCAAUAAAAAAUAUAUUUUUAUAAGUGAAAAUUAAAUUAAGAUAUUUCAUAGUUUUUACUGAACAAUUUUACUUUAUAAUUUCAAAGGCAAUAUUUACAAUCUCAUGACACUGUAACAGUUUUUAAUGUAUUUGCAAUUUUUUAAAAAAGGCAGAAUUGUUUAUAAUGAACAUUUUAAUAAACUAUAUCUGG